ACAAAAAACAUCGGACCAUGCCAGCCUGUCUUUUUGAACAUAAGCCUCAAGCAGCGUCGUGUGACGUAUUGGAUUCCCGCACAGCAUAUGAAGUUUUUUUUAGCUCCAGGCGUGAGCAGAAAAUGUUUUCGUGGGGUCGCAUUGACUCUGGUGAGCAAAAGCGUUCGUAAAUCAUCAAUCAUCGCUGCCAGCGAGACUCCUUUUCUUGGAAUGAAAUAAUCACUUUAAAACUUUGUUUUUAGAUACUUCAAGGCGUAUUGGUUGCCAAUUCUUUUUUGGUGAUGAGAAUCAACUUGUGAGUGUGCUCGAUUAAAAUUUAAACACGCGGACAGCGUGACGGAUGGCAGCUGAACGAAUAGUCACAGUAGCUGCAUCAUUUUUAUCUCGCUGCUGGGAAAAUCGUCAGAGACUUGUUUAUGUGACGAGAUACUUCUGAAAUCCUGUCGGAUAUUUCAGGUAGUGGUUACUUUGGGACAUGCAGUGCAGUGGUAUAAUUUGCAGGAGACGUCUCAAGCUGUGUGCGCAUUUUCUGCCAUGCUUUCCGAGUACCUCUAUUGCUGAAAGCAAUCGAUUCUCUAAAUUCAUGACCAAUGGCCUCUCGAUUCAAAUCAAUGACUUAGACUCAUACCACCUGGCUCCUCUGCACCUUGACCAGUUUCAGCUGGCACCAAAGGUCCCUAUUAUUCGUAUUUACGGGACGCUACGUGUACCGGAUCUGGAUCUCGCGGCUUACAAUAUCUUAGUCCACAUUCACAAUUAUUAUCCUUAUUUAUAUAUAGAUUGUCUCGAGACAGAUGAUUCCAAGCUCAAUGACACGAUUUUGGCUCGCUUAACACUUCAUCUUGAAAAGGCCAUCGGUGACUCUUUCAAGCGAAAGCAAGCUGCACACGAACUAAGUGACGACUCUUCCGAUGGCGAAAUUGCUGAGCUUGAUAAUACGGAAGCACCUCAGAAUAAAUAUAUCGCAUGUAUAAAGCUUUGCAGAGGGUCUCCUGUCUACGGGUACAAGGUGGGGUACCUGGUUGUGUUCAAAAUCCUGUUCUUUCUGCCCCUCUACAAGACAAGGCUAUUCAAAUUAUUAGGCCUGAAUGCCAUAGAUUUCCAGGACUUCACAGCUCCAGAUCACCAACUUAGCUAUCCAAACGUUUAUGAAGCACAUCUUAAUUAUCUUUCGCAGUUUCUCGCAGAUUUUAAUUUACACCCAUGCGGAUAUUUAAGAACUGCCAAUUGUCAUUUCAGACUGCCUAUAAUCAAUCAUAAUGGUCUUCGGAUAUCUCCACUCAAGAAAUAUUUGGCCACGUACAUUUUGCGCAACAACGUUUUGAACUCCUCAACUUUUCCCAGAAUGUCUCGAUCUCUUCUCGAGAUAGAUUGUCAUGUGGGUGACAUUCUCAACAGGCUAGAUCUACGACAACGAAAUGUACACGACGAAUUUACUGAAUACACAAGAGGAUGUGCAACGAACGUCAUUUUUCUUUCAUCUUUAAGGCUCACCCUAGAUGAUCUCAAAUACCAAUGCGCCAUUCGGGAAAAAAACAACACAACUCAGCUAUUGACAGAACUGUACUCACAAGUUUUCACCAAAUUAGGCCAAAGUGGCUACUGCGAUUGGGAAUCUCGCCCACAACAAGAACAGCAACUAAGUUUUGUUCUGAGGCUUAAUAAACCAACGCCAUUUUUUGAUGUGAGUUUGUAUUAUGAGAAUAUCAUAGGGAGUAAUCUCAAGGGAAAAAGGUUUCCCACCACAUUUGAACUUGUGGAUGAAAAUUUACCCAUGAAAUGUCAUGAGAAUGUGCCAUUGCUCAAUUACCGUGAUGACCUCAUCAAUUGGACUUCAUACGAACUGCUUUUCGAAGCACAAAAUGCAGAUGCGACACUUGAAUCAAUUGAACAAAGCCAACUAACAAAAGAUAUUGAACUCAAGUCCCCAGUAUCGAAAAAGCCUGAUAUAUCAACACCGCCUGUGUCUCCAGAACAACAACAUUCGCACCGAGGAAUCAUGGACUUAUCGCCUGAAGUAUCUCCGGCACCGAAACGAUCCCGUCCAUCAGAGAAUAACCAUGUGGACAAAAAUCAUAACUCUGCACAGAGGGAAGAUUGGCAAAUAUUCAUGCUCACGCAGCAUAAUGUAGCAGGGUCUAUAGAAUGUGACGUAGAAAGCUCUACUGGUUCCAUUCUAAGCCAGACUUCACACGAAAUCCUAGUAAACCCCAAAAAUACAUGGGAAUGUGUGUUACCUGCAGCUUUUUCAAGAUCAAACCUCUCAUCAGUUUUCAAGGAACAAAGAAUUUUGGAUUUCAAUUACUCGGACCCAUCAUAUGAUGAUACAGGUGAUGUACACAAUCCUCCAUUGAUUUUUGCAAACCGAAUAAUACCAGUCCCUUUCAUCGGCGACACUUCCAACACUCCUGUCAAUAUAAGUACAAAUAAACAAUUGACAUUCAAGUGUGUGGAUGAAGAUGCAAAAAAAUUCAGCGAAAAAAGAACUCUCUGGCAAUAUUCUGUAUCGGCUCCUACCCGUGAUGAGGUCACUCAAUGGACAAAUCUGGGAGAGGAAUCGGAGAAAUACAAGAAAAAUAAGUAUAGAUCUCAAAUUGAGCCUCUAUUCACGCAAACAAAUGACUACAAGUACUCUCUUCGAACCAAGAACAUCAAGAGAAACCCCAGCGGAUUUCUCAAUAUGACUCUUUUUGGAAUGGAGCUCCAUGUUAACACAACUGAUGGAAUGCUGCCAGAUCCGAGGAAAGACCCAAUUCAGCUUAUCAUAUAUCACUUCGACAACUCCAAUCAGAUGUAUGAGGAUGGCAGGGUUAAAACAGGUAUAUUAGCUUUUGCAGAAGCUGAAAAUAAUCCUAUCUUAAGUAAAAUAUUCCAGAACAUUGCCUCAUUGACGGAAUUCAACAUAAAAACUUUUAGUUCAGAGAGACAAAUGGUAGAAGCAUUUGUCCAGAUAGUUGACCAAUAUGAUCCUGAUAUUUUGUCGGGGUAUGAAGUGAAUGCUUCAAGCUGGGGAUACUUGUGUGAGCGCUUCCAGGAGUUUCACGGUGUGAAUUUAAUUCCAAGAUUGAGUAAGGUCAACUUUAAAGGAAAUGGAAAGUUGGGAGAUCGUUGGGGUUAUACACACACAUCUGCAUUGAAAAUUAAUGGUCGCCAUUUGUUUAACGUCUGGAGAUUUUUGAAGGAUGAACUCAAAUUGACAUCCUACUCUCUUGAAAACAUAUGUUUCCACCUACUUCAUCGUACAUUACCUAAAAUUCUGGGUGACCAGCUUUCUGCGUGGUAUACGAGCGGCUCCAAUAGUAAGCUUCUUAUGGUAUGCAACUACUAUAUGCAUAGGAUGGACUUGAUAAUGGAUAUAAUCGAAUCACAGGAAAUGGUAUUAAGAAAUGUCGAACUGUCGCGACUCUUGGGAGUCGACUUUUACUCUAACUACUACAGAGGAUCUCAAUUUAAGGUGGAAUCACUUUUAAUGAGAAUUGCUAAGACAGAGAAUGCUCUCUUGAACUCGCCUUCGAAAGCGCAAGUCCAUGCAAUGAGGCCACUUGAAGUAGUACCGCUUAUCAUGGAGCCGGAGUCCAAUUUUUACAAGUCACCACUUGUUGUAUUGGACUUUCAAUCUUUAUACCCCUCAAUUAUGAUUGCAUAUAACUACUGCUAUUCGACCCUCAUUGGAAGAAUUGAAGGUUAUAGGCAAGAUGCAAAUACAGUCGGGUAUUUGAAGCACCAUAGCAUACCCAAGGGGUUAAUCGAUUUGUUGAUCAAAAACAAUGGCCUUAAUAUUUCCCCAAAUGGUAUGAUGUUUGUUUCUCCCAAGUUCAGGAAAUCAAUUCUUUCCAGAAUGCUUCAGGAAAUUUUGAACAUGAGAAUCAAUGUAAAGUCUGUUGCUUCAGCUUUUCGAAAUGACAAGGAGCUCGGUAAGCUUCUUAAUUCAAAACAGCUUGCACUCAAGUUAAUUGCAAAUGUAACAUAUGGGUACACAUCCGCUACUUUUAGUGGAAGAAUGCCAAAUUCAGACAUUGCUGAUGCCAUUGUAUCCACAGGGCGUGAGCUCAUGAAACGCUCAAUUGAAAUUAUAGAGGCAAGUCCCUAUAAUGCCAAGGUUACUUAUGGUGAUACCGAUUCAUUGUUUGUUUACUUUCCAGGUAGGUCCCGCGAAUUUGCUUUCAAGUAUGGGAAGCUUCUUGCAGACCAGAUAACUGAAGCCUUGCCCGAUCCGGUUAAAUUGAAAUUCGAAAAAGUCUACCAUCCAAGCGUGUUGCUUGCCAAGAAACGAUAUGUUGGACACUGUUAUGAAUUUGAAGACCAAAAGAUACCAACUUUUGAAGCAAAAGGAAUAGAAACAAUUCGGCGGGAUGGAAUUCCCGCACAACUGAAAAUGGUGGGUAAAAGUUUACGGAUUCUCUUUGAAACCAAAAACCUAUCCGCAGUCAAGCGAUAUGUUGUGAAACAGUUCUUCAAAAUUCUUUUGAACAAGGUAAAUGCCAGUGACUUCUGCUUCGCUAAGGGUGUACGGUAUGGUACAUACAAAAACGAGAAACACCUCCCUCCAGGAGCUGUUGUCGCCAAAAAGAAAAUCGAACGCGAUCCUCGAAGCGAGCCACAAUAUAAAGAGAGGGUUCCGUAUUUGGUCAUGAAAGACUCCACAAAAGAGAGGCUAAGAGACCGUUGUGUUCCCCCGGAACUCUAUAUGUCUUCCUACAACACCGAAAGUCCCAUGGAGUUGGAUUUCGAUUAUUACAUCACCAAGGUGCUUAUUCCACCUUUGGAGAGAAUCUUCAACUUGAUGGGAGUCAAUGUGAAAGAAUGGUAUAGGGAUAUGCCAAAGUCCACCAAACAGGUUGUUAUGAAGAGCAGAGAUAUUUUGAAGAUUAGCGGCUUCAUGCGGAGUGAGGAAUGUGUUCGAUGUGGAUGCAAAUUGGAUGGCCACUCAAAGUACAUCUGUCGCAGUUGUAGACAGAAUGAGCUCGAACUAGUUAAUGAUUUGACAAGGACUGGCAGAGACAAGGAGGGUAAAGUCAACGAAUACCAGAGUAUUUGCAACGCAUGCAGCGCAACCAAUUUCAAAUUUUCUGGAAACUUGUUCAGCGAGUCUUGUAUCAACCAGGACUGCAGGACAUACUUCGCGAAGGUGAAAGCGGUUCGAGAAUGCGAGCAGUUCAUGAGUGAUAAAUUCAAGAUUUUCGAUGAAUUGAGGUCAUCGGCUGGGGAAGCUAUGUAAAGAGGUCGCCAAAAUACACUUAGGAUACUAGCACCUAACAAACAGUGUUAAGAUGAACUCAUUCAUUCCUAAUGAUUAUAUAAACUUAAGUCUAAAUAUUUUCAAUUGAAAGUUGUCGCUUCUACCAAUACCUGGGAGCGCCAACAGUACAUGAAAAACUGUGCUCUUAAAUCUGUUUUGAAUCAACCGGAGUGGGUGCACCCUCUGUCUAUUAUUGAAACAAGAUUCAUUCAAAAGUUUUUAUUUCUUUGUUCAAUUGAAUCUUGUUUUUUUUUCCUUUUUUCCGUUUUGACCUUUUUUUUAUUUUUGUAAUGUUUUUGUGUGUCCCCAGUGUAAGAAAGUUCUCGUCUUCGAAGAGAGAAGUGUGUAACCAACCAAAAGAAGUGAAU